CACUUUCUUCCCUCCCUUCACUUCAGUCACAAAGGCCUAUUGUGCGCACGCGCGUGUGUGUGUGCGCGUGUAUGUGUGAGCACGUUCCCUGCGUGUGUGUGUGUCCGCGCGAGCGCCGCAGAAAGACAACCGAGUGGGACUUGGGAUGCCUGCGUACGCCACCAACAUGAGACUCAAGUUCCCCAUGGUGGCCUUGGCUUUAGAGGUCAUCACCAUCAUCCUGUUUGCAGUCUUUGUGGUUUACGAUGACGGUAAAGGUCACGGCCACGACGCGCACGGCAACGACACGGGCCACCAGGACCCUCCGAUGAUGCUCUAUCCCAUGUUCCAGGAUGUUCACGUUAUGAUCUUCAUCGGUUUUGGCUUCCUGAUGACCUUUCUGAAGAGAUACGGCUUCAGCAGCGUGGGCAUCAACCUGCUACUGGCCGCUUUCGGCCUGCAGUGGGGCCUCCUCAUGCAGGGCAUUUGGCACCUGGACCACGGCAAAAUUAAGAUCAACAUCUUCAAAAUCAUCAACGCGGACUUCAGCACGGCCACUGUCCUGAUCUCCUUCGGGGCGGUUCUUGGUAAAACCAGUCCUGUACAGUUGCUCAUCAUGACCAUUCUCGAGAUCACCAUCUUCUCCAUCAACGAGCAUCUGGUGGCAGAAAUCAUGGGGGCUUAUGACGUCGGGGCCUCCAUGAUCAUCCACGCCUACGGAGCCUACUUCGGUUUGGCCGUGGCUCGAGUACUUUACCGACCUGGUCUGAGGAACGGGCACGAGAACGACGGCUCCGUUUACCACUCUGAUCUGUUUGCUAUGAUCGGGACGGUGUUCCUCUGGAUGUUCUGGCCCAGUUUUAACUCGGCCAUUGCCGACCCGGGUUUCACCCAACUCACCGCGGUGAUCAACACGUACCUCUCCCUGGCUGCCUGCGUCCUCUCCGCCUAUGCCAUCUCCAGCCUGGUGGAGCACAAAGGAAAAUUGGACAUGGUGCACAUUCAGAACGCCACCUUGGCCGGUGGCGUCGCCGUGGGAACGUGCGCCGACAUGAACAUCGGGCCCUUCGGGGCGAUGCUGAUCGGUUUAGUGGCGGGCAUCAUUUCCACACUGGGCUUCAAGUAUCUGACUCCUGUUUUGGCAUCUAAUCUGGGCAUCCAGGAUACCUGCGGUGUACACAAUCUGCAUGGCAUGCCGGGUAUUCUUGGAGGCUUGGCUGGUAUCGUGGCUGUGGCUUUGGGAAAAAAGGAUGGAGGGAAAGCUACUAUGCAAGCUGCUGCCUUGGCUUCGUCCCUUGGGUUCGCUUUGGUCGGUGGGGCUAUCACAGGUUUAAUAAUGAAGUUGCCUAUCUGGGGGCAACCUCCUGACCAGAACUGCUUCGAUGACUCUAUUUACUGGGAGGUCCCUGCGGAAGAAGAGGAGAAUGAGGAGAGCUUGGCUCACGCAGAUCACUCAAAGAACAAAGCAGAUGUUUAAAACUAUAGGAAAAAAAAAGUGCAACGGGGAAUCGGAUUGUUCCACAAUGCUCUUAAAUGCAGUUUGGUUUGAGUUGAGACAUUUAAAAAAAAAACAACAACAAGUAGCGCUGUGUGCAUAACACAGCAUAAUUAAACAUGUGUUAAUUGAUAUUCACAGAGUAUUAAAAUAGAGAAGUUUAAAAUAAGUUUUGAAAAUUCUGAAAGUACCGUCAAAUGCCCAUCCCUCAUGAAAGUAUAUUUGAUCAAGAUUGACCUCAAGGGUUGUUUUUACUUUUUGACACUGAAAUAAUCAACAGUUCACAAGUGAAUUAUCCCUCAGCACUGGAACAGGGCAAUGCCUGUUGGCUUUUUUUUAAUCUUUAAUAAAUGUACUAGCAUGUUUUUUUUAAACCAUUUUUACACAUUAGAAUAACAUAUAUUUUUAUUUUUGCUUUCAAACUGUUAUUUUCACAAGUAACUCUUUGGGGAAAGACAGGGACAAAACAGGGCUCCACUUGACCACAUCACACUUACCUUUUGACCUUCACUGUUCCUGUGAUGAACCAACGUGUGUGUGUACACUGUGGCUCAUUUUGUUACUAUUUUUAUGACAUAAAUUGUAUUCUUCUAUGUACAUACAAGUUCACACAUUGAUGAAUUGAUAUGGUCAGUUUGGUUGUAGCCCUGCAGUGUAAAAAGAAUCAGUCCACAAUUUCUAUUUUACCAGAUGAUGACAGAGGACAAAAGUUACAGAUUUUCACAUGAAAUGCAUCAUGCCACCAUUCUUUGAAUCAAAUGAUUUUUAUGUGUAUGUGUGUGUGUGCGUUACAAAAAAGGGCUGUGGGUGUUAUCAAACUGACUUAAGUAGAUAGUAAUCAAUUCAACUUAUUUGGAUAGCUGCGUGAUACUUUGAAUAAUGACAAGCAUUUUUUUUAAAUUUGUGCUUCUUGUAUUUGUAUAAUGUACUAACGCUGCCUUAAUAAAUGUUUUGUACAUUAUUAUAAAAAUA